CAAUCAAUAAAGAGUCACCAUUCUGUUGGUUUAGAACGUGUACAAACAAUGGCAGUUUGUGUGGCAAUUAUUGGAAAAGAUAACUCUCCAAAGUUUUUUACAUGCCUAAAUCCCGAUGAUGAGCUGAAUUUUCAGUAUAAAGUUUUAUCUUCACUCGAUAUUGUCGAAGAAAAAUUAAAUAUUGGAUCGAAAAGUGGAAGUGAUCUACGGGAAUUAUAUUUGGGGAUGCUGUACUCUCUGGAAACGCAUAAAAUAUAUGGAUAUGUCACGAAUACAAAAAUAAAGUUUAUAAUUGUUGUUGACUCUACCAAUAUGGCACUGAGAGAUAAUGAGAUAAGAUCGAUGUUUAGAAAGAUACAUUCUGAAUAUGCAGAUAUUGUAUGUAACCCUUUCUAUAUACCUGGUGAAACAAUAUAUUCAAAGUCAUUUGAUGGAAACAUAAAAAAUAUCAUGACUGGAACCGUUUAAAUGAAAUGUUAAGUUUUUUAUAAAUACUUAUAGUUACAAUUUUUUUAAUUAAAACCUAAUAUAUU